AUGUCGUCAGAAUCCGCCAGAGAUGAAUUUGUCGCCCAAUUCGGCGAACACGCUUGGAAAGAUGGCUGGCAAAGCAUCUCGAAUCUAAGUCCCGAAUUUUUCAAAGCGAGUUUCGACCUACGCAGUGUCCCCAAACGAAAGACCCACCGCUUUCUAACCCCAAAAGUCCAAUCUCUUUGUGCCUUGGCUGUUGACAGCGCUUCGACUCAUCUCUAUGCACCCGGUGUACAAGAACACAUUCAAACAGCCAUUGAAAAUGGAGCUACAUCUGCGGAGAUAGUAGAGGUGAUAGAAUUAACGUCUACCCUCGGUAUACAUGCGUGCAACAUUGGCAUCCCUGUACUCGCGGAAGUACUCCGAGAAGAGAACCAUCCAGCCGGACAAGCAACACCAUUUGACACUCGACAAGAACAACUCAAAGCGGAAUUUACAAAGAAUCGUGGAUACUGGCACGUAUUUUGGGAAGAUUUUCUACGGCUCGAUCCAGACUUUUUUGAAGCCUAUCUGAACUUUUCAUCUGUGCCGUGGACCAAGAAGACUGAACAUGGUGACCGGGGAGCUCUAGAGCCAAAGGUAAAAGAGCUGAUCUACUGUGCCUUUGACGUUGCAGCAACCCAUCUGUACGUACCGGGUUUGAAGCUACAUAUCAAAAAUGCGUUGGGGUAUGGGGCAACCCCACAAGAGAUCAUGGAGGUAUUGGAGAUUGCUACAGCGUUGAGUCUGCACACUGCAAACGUUGCUUUUCCUAUGUUGGAGAAGGCGUUAGCUCAUUAG